AUGAAACAUCAGAGAGCUCAAUUUUCAGAGAACCAUUAUAAAGCGAAUGAAUGUAGAAAUGUCUUUUAUCAAAGCUCAAAUCUUAUUACACAUAAGAAUAUCCAUAUUGGAGAAAAUAAUUACAAAUUCAGUGAACGUGGUAAAGUUUUUAACCAGUCUUCAAGAGUUACUCAACAUCCGAGUAUUCAUGCUAGGGAGGAACGUUACAAGUGUAAUACAUGUGGGAAGGUCUUUAAUCAAUUAUUAAAUCUAAAUAGACAUAGGGAAAUCCAUACUGGAGGGAAACAUUACAGAUGUGAAGAAUGUGGCAAAGCCUUUAACCGACACUCAAGCCUUACUCGACAUCAGAGAAUUCAUACUGCAAAGAAGGCUUACAAAUGUACGGAAUGUGGCAAAGCCUUUAACAGGCGUUCAUAUCUUGCUCAGCGAAUUCAUACUGGAGAGAAACCUUAUAAAUGUAAAGAAUGUGGCAAAGCCUUUAACUGCCACUCGAAUCUUACCUGUCAUAAUUCAUACUGA